AGCUCAAAAACAUACGCCACUAACGCAACAACGUUCGCAACAGGUCUUUGGAGUUUACGAGGAGCGCUUGAAGGCAGCUCGCCAUAGUGGUGCCACAGUGCCAACGGCACAAGAAGCAGCUCCUCUGGAGAAAAGUGAGAGCCAACGCCCCACUGUCAGCUCCUCAGACCCUCCCUCUUCACACACAGAGCUUCUGUGGUCGUGACUGAGCUCAACCAGGAGACGUUUUUUACAUCGGAGAAGUUGAUUCAUCCGAGUGGAAGGAGAGAAAAAAAACCCCCAAAACGCGCUAACGGUUAACGGGAGAACUCUUUUCCUUUCAUCGGUUGCUGGCGACGAGGCUCUAACACACAAACAUACAGUCGGUGUAUAUACGUCGAGAAGAUAGUAGUUACCAGAAUGGCUGAUUCUACCGCGUCCAGCUCCGGUGCCAACUGCUUGGAGAAGCUGAAAAAUUACGUGAGGACCCAAAAGGGGGUUAUCCUCGCUGCAGAAAUAUUCAUCAGUUUCAUUAUCAUCAUCUGCUACGGUGCAUCCUACACUGGAGGCUACUCCUCCGUGGCCAUCUGCGAGAUGAUCUUCUCCAUGGUCUUCUUCGGCAUCUUCAUGAUGGAGGUGGACAAGCAAAUCCUAGUGGUCAACUGGGUCUGGAGCGACCUUUUCCGUGCUGGUAUUGGUGCAGUCCUUUACCUCAUCGUCUCUCUGAUCAACGUGAUUGGAGGUUCCGGGGACGGCGCUCGUAUUGCAGGCGGGGUGUUUGGUUUGAUUGCCGGUCUGCUGUUUGCCUAUGACACCUACAUCAUCUACUUGCAAAUCAAGAGCACCAGGCAGCACACGGCAGCUUCCACCGACGACAGAGUUUAAACACUCCAAGACACAUGUGCUUCUGCCAAGAACACAGCAGAAAAACAUAAGAAGAGGAAUUUAUGCAGGUUAACGUAAGAGUGGAUCACAAAGGACGAUGGACAGCACAAUGUUCAGGUCACAGUUUAAUCAAUGCCACUGUAUGGUGUGAACAGACGAGAGAUUUCUUUUAGGGCCGUGCCUGAGAGGAGCACGAUGUAAGUGAGUGGUACUGAACAUCUGUACCUGCACGUUAAGACAAAAUCUUGUCUGCAACAAGAGGAAUUAAACCUUUACUCCAACCUCAAUGAACCACUGAUUUAAAAAAAGGGAAACAGUAAAUAAUAGACUGGUUGUCAUCAAGCAGCUUGUCUAAUACACAUGUAUAUUGUUUAAUGGACCGUUGUAGUGAGUAGUAACUGUGUCAUUUGGACUUUAGAAGUAACUGACACAUGCAUGUGGUGUUUAAGGAAUUGUUUAACAUCAUAAUGAUUCACUUCUUCAUUGUGUUUCCUGUAUUUCCAGAGAGAUUCCUCAGCUGGACAAACAUUUCCUUCUCUGUUAUUUAAUCAUCUCUUUAGAGUUCUCCCCGUGUGUUUCAGUGCCUUAGACUGUCAUUCUAAUUAACAAGUUCCUUCAUGUUGUUCAUCUUAUACUCUUGAAGCCUAAACAUUUGAGUCGGCAAACUUUUGGCUGUUUCUGUACUAAGUAGAGUUGAGUCUGCAUCAUUAGAUGUCAAUUAACCAUCAGCAACAUGUUUCUUAUUUUAAUUACAGUGUCCAGUUUCACCUGUCUACUUUGAUUCUUGCUCAGGUUGUUUUCCUUUCUUACAUUUGUAAUACAUUUUAAAGGUGCAGAAUACAUGUUGCCAUUUUAUACAGUCCAGAAGUGGGGUCCAGUUUCUUUGGUUCAGGUUUAUUUGAUGAAGAAAAAUCACAUAGUUUGAAUUUUAUGAUGUGAAUAGCACAAUUUGAAUAUCUUCUGUAACUGUUCCUUCUCCCAUUCGGUUGUUAUUUGUCCAAGUAAAACAUUGCCUUACUGGUUUUUUUUAACAUGCUUUACAAGAGUCUGCUGUUUAAUUUCAAAAUUCAAAGCAGCCUUGCUUUGGGAAAUAAAAGCCAUUGUUACUACA